CUCUCCCCCUCCAAGACCUGGAACCUCUACCGCCGUAACCCCUGGUACCUCUCCUGGCAACAAGAAACCUGGGCCAUGGUGUUUUCUCUGUGUUGUUUAAUCGCCGUUUGCAUAAUCAUGGCUUGGAUAGAUGGACGCAAGCUCUCGAUCUGGCAUUGGGCUAUCCAACCCAAUGCUGUGGUUUCGCUGUUGUUGGUGAGCUCAAAGGCGUCGUUGAUGUUGAGUACGGCUGCGUGUUUGAGUCAGUUGAAGUGGACGCAUUUUGCAAGUCAGCCGAGAAAGCUCAGAGAUCUAGAGACUUUUGAUGAUGCGAGUAGAGGGCCUUGGGGC